UGAUGCGUCUUGUUCUCUGUACUACCUCCUCAGCCAGGCUUCAGCAAUGCGAGGGAGGAUCCUAAACUGGCGUGCUGGAAACGCGGGGAUCGAGCGUUUCCAACAAGCCAAACUUGCACAAACCUCGCUAGCUCAAGCACUCGGUACGUCUUCACCUCCGGAGCAGCUCACCCGCACGGAUGCGGCGGCGGAGCUCGGCAGCUCCUGCGCACGCGGCCAGCGGAGCGCCGGUGCAGAUGCCGCGGCGGGGCCCGGCGUUCCCGCACACGGUGGCGGAGCUCGACCGUGUGCCUCCGCUUGGCCACUCCUCCCUCCGCUCGGCCGCGUGCCUCCCUCUCGGUCCCACACCGUGCAGCUCCGCGCCUCCCCCGCCCGCACACUUCAACGCUUUCUAUGCCCCGCUGGUUUCGCCCCUCACACCCUCCUAUGCGCGAGAAAUAUGGCAUGCUACUCGGCGGCGCCCAAGUUCACGGUGCGCAGGCGACCGGCGGUGCUGGUGGCGCCGGCGGCCCCUACGCCUCGUGAGCUGAAGCACCUCUCGGAUAUCGAUCAGCAGGACCUUUUGAGGUUCCAAGUCCCCGUCAUCCAGUUCUACCGGAGGAACGAGUCCAUGGGCGGCAAGGACCCCGUGCGGGUUAUACGGGAGGCUCUCACCAAAUCCCUUGUGCCCUACUACCCGUUCGCUGGACGGCUCCGGGAGCACCAUGGAUGGAAGCUCGCCGUCGACUGCACCGGUGAGGGGGUUAUGUUCGUCGAGGCCGACGCUGAUGUUGGCCUUGAGCACUUUGGUGAUCCCCUACUGCCACCCUUCCCGUGCCUCGAGGAGCUCAUCUUUGACGUCCCCGGCUCCUCUGCCAUCCUCAACACUCCCCUCCUGCUCUUCCAGGUGACGCGACUCGCCUGUGGAGGAUUCAUCCUUGCGGUCCGACUGAACCACACCAUGGCUGACGCACUGGGCCUGACGCAGUUCUUGGGUGCGGUGGCAGAGCUUGCGCGGGGAGCGCAGUCUCCGUCCGUGCUGCCGGUGUGGAAACGGGACCUGCUGGAGGGGCGCAACCAGCAACAGACGGCGCUGGUGCACGACAAGUCGGACGAAGUGUCGGGCAGGAGUAGUGACGACGCUGACACCAAGGCCAGUAAUACCAUGCUUCCGUUAAUAGAUAACGCGGCGCUCCGCGUCCGCUCCUUCUUCUUUGGUCCCCGAGAGAUCGCCGCUAUCCGAGCACAGCUCCCACCAGACCUUCAGAAGCGCGCCACAAAGUUCGACACCAUCGCCGGCUGGAUUUGGAAGUUCCGCACGGUGGCGCUAGCCCCGGACCCCGACGAGGUGAUGCAACUGAUGGUGGUCGUCAACGCCCGCGGCCGCACCACCGCAGAGGUCGGCAUCCCCAUCGGCUACUACGGGAACGCGAUGGCGGCCCCGGCCGCCAUAUCGACGGCCAGGGAGCUCUGCACGAACCCCCUGAGUUACACCGUUGAGCUGGUGAGGAAGGCGAAAAACCAGGUGGACAUGGAGUACAUGCGGUCAACGGCCGACCUCAUCGCGCUGCGCGGGGGCCAAAGUCCGCCCAUCACCGCGGGCAUGUAUUAUCUGACUGACGAAACCAAGGCCAGGUUUCACGACCUCGACUUCGGAUGGGGCAAGCCAGUCUAUGCGGGGCCGGCGGAAGCUGUCCCCUCGCCCUUUCCCUUGCUGAUUAGCUUCCUCUUAGCCUCCAAGAACGCCAACGGGGAGGACGCCAUCGUGGUGCCGAUCUGCCUGCCUGGCCCUGCUAUGGAUAGGUUGGUGGAAGAGAUGAGCAACUGCACCCAUCAGCCGAUGUGAUCCCCCGCUGCUGCACCGGCUAGCCUCACGUAUUCCCAGUCAAGAGGUCAGCGCUCUCAAAAAUUCGCCGUAUUGGCUGGCUGGCUACGACCGAAAGGAAAUUAAACUUCAUCUCGUCGCAUACUCGCAUGUGGAUGGAAUGCAGUGGUACUUCAUCUUGUCUCAAGUGUUCUAUUUGUUCUACUCCGUGUUCUCAAUAAAAUGUAAAUGAAUCGUUCAUCAGUUAAUAAUUGCACGCGUGUUUGUUGCAUACUAUAUAUAAAGCGGAGUGAAAGCAUGCUGUCGGAA